AUGCUGGGUGGAUUCUUCUACACAAUCAUCACCGAGUUGGUUUUGGCCGCAGCGCUUGUGACUUUGCUUUUAGCCAACCUCGGUUCUAUUACCACGCAUAAGGGCAUCACCUCUAUUUAUCUUCUUGAGCUCAACUUAUCGGAGCUAAGUAUUGAUACAGUGUUCCCCAGUCUUUCGGACAUUGAUUCUAUUUCUGAUUUAGGAUUGGACGAUGCUUAUGUGUUGGGAAUGUACGGCUACUGCCAGGGUACCGGUGGUACCACGAACUCUACAACUUCAGAUGAGGUAGUGUACGACACAAAUUUCACGGCUUCGUCGUGCACUCACGCCAAGCCUAUGUACGUAUUUGAUCCAGUGACUUUCUUGCUUGACCAGGUGAAUGAUGUUGCUGGAACCGAAUUAACGACUAGCGAUGUGAACCUUCCGUCCAGUAUCGAGAACUACGUCAAGAUAGCACAAAACCUAUCGAAAGCUACGUACAUUACGUCAUGCAUUGCGAUUGGCCUCAACUUUAUUGUGCUGGUUUUGACGUUAUUUAUAUAUUGUUGCAACCUUGGACUAGUUUCGUCUUUGGGCUUGGUCGAGGUGGUGGCAUUUUUGGCUGCAAUUAUCGCAUCCGGUUGUUCCACGGGAAUGUAUGUGUUCAUUGAGACACACUUUAAUGAUAAGUUGUCCAAGUAUGGAAUCCAUGCUGCAUUGUCCAAAAACUACCUUAUUUUGACAUGGGUCGGUACAGUUUUGUCAGCGGCUGCAGCUGUGUUGUUACUAGCUAACAGUUGCUUUAGGUGUUGUUGUGGUGGACGCCGCAGGGAUAAUUUCGAGGAAGAAGAGCAGUUUAUGCCAAUUGAGAAGCUAUAG